UGAUAUACCACAAAUGUCCAGCUGGCUUAAGUUUUACUAGUCAAUUUCACGUUAUCCAAGUUGUAUAAACUAGGUGCUUGUUGCUUUCUUGAUCAUGCUAUAUAUAGAGUUUGCAUUUUGCAUUAGAAAAUGCAAUUCAUCAAAAGGCAAUUUGUCUUCUGUUAAGUUUACAAUCAUCAUUAUCCAGUGUUCUUAAUGGCUUUAUGCAAGAUUUUUCCUUUUGCCUUCAUUCUCCUUUCUUGUUCUUGUUAUCUGAUAUCCGGCCAACGUUUUGAUUACCCAACUGCAAAUCUUUCUACAACUUGGAUCAACAGUGUUUCUGCACCCCAUUCAAUAGAUUAUACGGAUGGCUCAAGGAUAAGGGCUAUACUACUCAGAGGAACUUUUGGUCCAAGAUAUGCAUGUGGUUUCUAUUGUAAUGGCAAUUGUGAGAGUUACCUCUUUGCCAUCUUCAUUGUGCAAACCAACAGCGCUUCCCAAAUUACUUCUCCCGCGAUUGGAUUCCCACAAGUUGUUUGGUCUGCUAACCGGAACAAUCCGGUUAAGAUCAAUUCUACUUUGCAACUUACAGCAGAAGGAGACUUGGUGCUCAGAGAUGCUGAUGGUACUUUGGCUUGGUCUACAAACACUGCUGGGAAAUCUGUUGCUGGCUUAAGCUUGACCGAUGAGGGGAAUCUUGCUCUGUUUGAUUCCAAGAAUGCAACUGUUUGGCAGUCUUUUGAUCACCCAACUGAUGCUUUAGUUCCGGGGCAGAAGUUAGUAUCAGGAAUGAAACUAACAGCAAGUGUUUCCAGAACAAACUGGACGGCGGGAGGUUUGUUUGCCUUAUCUGCUAUCGAUAAUGGUUUGGUUGCUUUUGUAGAGUCAAAUCCUCCCCAAAAAUACUUUGAAGCAUCUGUUGGUGGAUCCAAUACUAGUGGAGGCUCCAAUUAUGUUAAGUAUUUGAAUGGAAGCUUGACUUUAUUCACACAUUCUGCUGACACAACCGAGUUGAUUCUGAUUUCUAUUACUCCAGCAUCCUCUGCUCAAUAUAUGAAACUCGAGUCCAAUGGACACUUGAAAGUGUACGAGUGGACAAGUCGGGGGUGGAGAGAGGUGGAUGAUCUCUUGACAGGCUUUCGUGGCGAGUGCAAUUACCCCACGGUCUGUGGAAGAUAUGGCAUUUGCACAAUGGGACAGUGUAGUUGUCCCACAAGCUCUAUUUCAAGUACCUAUUUCAGACCGAUAGAUGUUAGGCGGCCUAAUCUUGGUUACUCUGAGGUCACAAAGCUGACUUGAAAAAAUUUAAAGAAACACGGACUUUUGGAAGUUGAAGAUGUGGACUAUUUCGCGUUUAAGGCAGAUAUUAGUGACACAGAUGUGAAUACCUGUACACGCGCAUGUUUGGAGAAAUGUUCCUGUAAAGCUGCAUUCUUCCGUAGUGGGUUAAAUUCUUCGAGGACCAGGUGGGACUGCGACUUGCCAACCGAGAUCUUUUCAAUCAUGAAUAAUGAGAAGGACAAGACAAGGUAUGAUUCUGUCGCGUUUAUAAAAGUACUGGUUAAUGCUCAACCAGCGGCUGAUACUAAAAAAUAUCUUAAUGCACAGAUCUUAGAUUCCUUCAAACAACCCAAAGUUUACAUACUUACAUUUAAGUUCAAUUUGUCUUCAUCUCAUGAUGAACUAAAGGCCAUUUGCCUAGUGUGGAACCACAAAUUGGUCUUUAUGGCUUUAUGCAAGAUAUUACCUUUCUUCUUCAUUCUUUGUUGUUCUUUUACUUUGAUAAGCAGCCAACCUUUUGAUUAUCCAACUGCAAACCUUUCGACCACUUGGAUCAAUAGCUUUUCUGCACCCCAUUCAGUGAAUUUCACUGAUGGCUCAAUAAUAAGGGCUAUACUACUCAGAGGAACGUUUGGUCCAAGAUAUGCUUGUGGUUUCUAUUGUAAUGGCAAUUGUCAGAGUUACCUAUUUGCCAUCUUCAUUGUGCAAACCAACAGCGUUUCUGGAAUUACUUCUCCCGCGAUUGGAUUCCCACAAGUUGUUUGGUCUGCUAACCGGAACAAUUCGGUUAGGAUCAAUUCUUUUUUGCAACUUACAGCAGAAGGAGACUUGGUGCUCAGAGAUGCUGAUGGUACUUUGGCUUGGUCAACAAACACUGCUGGCAAAUCUGUUGCUGGCUUAAGCUUGACCGAUGAGGGGAGUCUUGUCCUGUUCGAUUCCAAGAAUGGAACUGUUUGGCAAUCUUUUGAACACCCAACUGAUGCUUUGGUUCCAGGACAGAAGUUGGUAUCAGGGAUGAAGCUAACAGCAAGUGUUUCAACAACAAAUUGGACUGCGGGAGGUUUGAUUUCUUUAUCUGCUACCGAUGAUGGUCUGGUUGGUUUUGUAGAGUCAAAUCCUCCCCAAACAUACUUUUCAAGGACUAUUGGUGGAUUGAAUGCUAGUAGAGGCUCAAAUUAUGUUGUGUAUUUGAAUGGAAGCUUGUCUUUAUUCUCAAAUUCGAGUAGCAAUUUGGAGACAUUGUUUUCUAUUUCGCGAGCAUCCUCAGCUCAAUAUAUGAAACUCGAAUCUGAUGGACACUUGAAAGUGUAUGAGUGGCAAAGUGGGUGGAAUGAGGUGGAUGAUCUCUUGACAGGUUUUAACGGUGAGUGUUAUUACCCCAUGGUCUGUGGAAGAUAUGGCAUUUGCUCAAGGGGGCAGUGUAGUUGUCCCAAAUCGAGCUCUAAUUCAACUACCUAUUUCAGACAGAUAGAUGAUAGGGAGGGUAAUCUCGGUUGCUCUGAGGUCACAAAGCUGACUUGCAAUCCUUUAAAUAACCACACAUUUUUGGACCUUCAAGAUGUGGACUAUUUCGCGUUUAAGGCAGAUAUUAGUGACACAGAUUUGAAUACCUGUAAACGCGCAUGUUUGGAGAAAUGUUCCUGUAAAGCUGCAUUCUUCCGUAGUGGUUUAAACUCUUCCACUGGAGACUGCUACCUACCAUCCGAGAUCUUUUCACUAGCGAAUAAUGAGAAGGAUAGGACACGGUAUGAUUCCCAGACAUUUAUAAAAGUACAGGAACUUGAACCUGCAGCUCAUAUUCCUACAACGUUUUUAAGUGGUGCUAUAUUGGGCUCUAUCAUAGGAUCUUCCAUAUUAGGCAUCAUAAUUGGAAUUAUAGUUUUCAUAUUUUGGAAAAAAAAGAGAAAGGCCAAUGAAGAUGAGGAAGAUUAUCCAGAUCAUGUGCCAGGAAUGUCGACUAGAUUUUCUUACGAUGAUCUAAAGGCUGCAACGGAGAAUUUUACCAAGAAGCUUGGUGAAGGAGGAUUUGGGUCGGUUUUUGAAGGGUGCUUAGAAGAUGGCACAAAGAUUGCAGUGAAAUGCCUUGAAGGAAUAGGACAAGUCAAAAAAUCAUUCUUAGCCGAGGUUGAAACUAUUGGCAGCAUACAUCAUGUAAACUUGGUGCAAUUGAUUGGGUUCUGUGCUGAGAAAUCUCAUAGGCUUUUAGUAUACGAGUUCAUGAGCAAUGGAUCACUAGAAAAAUGGAUCUACCAUGGGAAACAAGAGCAAAUUCUAGACUGGAACUGUAGGAAGAAGAUUAUUCAAGACGUAGCCAAAGGAUUAGCCUACCUUCAUGAAGAAUGCAGGCAAAAGAUUUUACAUUUGGAUAUUAAACCACCAAACAUACUCCUAGAUGAGAAGCUCAAUGCUAAACUCUCUGACUUUGGGCUCGCAAAGCUAAUUGAUCGAAAUCAGAGCCAAGUCAUGACCAUGAUGAGAGGCACUCCUGGUUAUUUGGCUCCUGAAUGGCUUAGUGGAGUUAUAACAGAAAAGGUAGAUGUUUACAGCUUUGGCAUUGUGAUCUUGGAAAUUUUGAUUGGACGAAGACAUUUUGAGGCAUCAUAUACUGAAGAGGAAAGGAUAAUGUUGAACUUAUUCAGGAAAAAGGCAGAGGAAGGGCAGUUGGUGGAUCUUAUUGAUAAGCAUAGUGAAGAUAUUCAGUUCUACAAAGAAGAAGUAAUAAAGACGAUGCAGAUUGCUGCCUGGUGUUUACAAAGUGAUUACACAAAGAGGCCAUCAAUGUCGAUGGUGGUCAAGGCCAUGGAGGGUGUGCUAGAUGUUGAAAAGGAUCUAGAUUACAGCUUUAAGCCACAAACUAUUCCUGCAAUACCAAAUAUUAGUUUUGCAGAUUCAACUCCUUUACUACCUUCAGUCCUAUCAGGUCCAAGGUGAGGAGGAAGUUCCCUAGAUUUUUUUGUUGAUUUCUUAUUUUUAUGCUAUUUCUUCUCCAAUGUUCAAAAAUUUAUGGUUGUUUUCUUCAAUUUAUUCAUUGUAUAACUACUAAUCAAAUCAUCAUUGUGGAUUUUUGAUA